AUGGACCCGGCGGAGGAAAUCACGAAGGUAGAGCAGGAGUCACUUGGCUUCCUCCACCAGCUUCAGGAGAUUUAUUGCAAAAACGAAUUGCACAAUCAGCUGGAACACAUGCUUGGGGCACCAACGAACUCAGAAGAAAGGGAGGCAUUUUACGAAGAUGUCGACUCACUACUAAAGCUGUAUGUAUCGAAAGUCGACGAGUUAUCUCCGUCCAACAGCGACAACCAUGCCGUUGAGAAGGCGCUCGAAUCAGCAGAGGCUAUCAUACACGCGCUUGCAUGCGCCAUCAAUGGCCAUGAAACGGAAGACGAGGUUCCCGAGGACACCGAAGACGAAAUCCCUCUUGCCAAAGUCGAGAAACUGUACGAGACACUAGCCGCAUCGUUGACCCCAUCUACUGUCGAGGCGGCGUUAGUGGUGGGGGCGAUGCAGCUUGCCGCGGAGUCUCGAAAGGCUGUCGAGGAGGCAGAAAAGCAGCAACCCUCUAGGGAAGAUGCGGAGACUAUGGACGUCUCUCCCAUGGAGCGCAAGGCGGCCAUGAAAGUCUCACCCGAGGAGCUCUUUCGCAUGGCUCAACACGUGCGCAGCGGUUUAGCGGAUGAAGCUGACCUCCUGAAUCUUCGUGCUGAGGACGAUGACGAUGAUGCGGUCGAGCUGAAUGAAGUGGAUCCCCGCUUUUUGCGUAACCUUGGAUUGGCCUCUUUCCGACGGAAGGUGAAUUAUCGGAUAUUAUUACCUUCUCAACAAUUGCGUGAGGCCCGUACACCUUGGCAGCGACAGAACGUUCUUGACCGCAUGGCCCAGAGCACCCAGGGCGAUCCCAGUCGCCUCAACAGCAUGAAGCGCGUGGCAGAGAUGCAGUUGCGGAUUACGAUGGACCGCCGCAUGAUAGCGAGAAAAGAGAAGCGUCAUGAGGAACAGCAGCCGUCUGAUGAGGCCGCUUUGCCGACCACCGAGGCCAACACGGAAGACAUCACCGCUGCUGCCGAUGACAAGGCGACUGUUGUGCCUUUUUCUUCACGGGACCUCCUCCGCACCGAAUUGGAUGAAAUGCCUGAGGAAGGUGGCUUCCGGCCUAAGGAUCUCUCCGCAAAAUUACCACCGUGGAUGCGACACAGCUUCGGGAGUAAACCGCACUUUGGGAUUCCACCCAGCACCCAGGACUUACAGCGGCAGCGCCGCUCACUCCCCAUCUACCGUAAACGAGCUGAAAUUAUUCAAUACGUUGACACGCAUAGCGUCACCAUCUUAGUUGGCGAGACCGGUAGUGGGAAGACAACGCAGAUCCCGCAGUACCUUGAGGAGCACGGCUACGCCAAGAAGGGCAUUAUUUGCUGUACACAGCCGCGGCGUGUGGCGGCGGAGACCUUGGCCACGCGCGUCGCAGAGGAGUACGGCUGCCGCCUUGGUGAGGAGGUCGGCUACACUGUGCGCUUCCGCGACGUGACCUCGUUGCUCACGCGGAUCAAGUACAUGACGGAUGGUAUGUUACUACGGGAAGCACUUCUGGAUGAUAGCUUUGCGCGCUAUAGCGUGAUUAUUCUCGAUGAAGCUCAUGAAAGAUCUAUUAACACAGAUCUUCUCUUCGCGAUUGUUCGCAACGCUCUGAAAAAACAUAAAGAUCUCAAGGUUAUGAUUACUUCAGCGACGUUGGAGACAAAAAAAUUCUGUGACUACUUCGGGAUCGAUCAAAUCUUUAUGAUUGAGGGACGCACGUUUCCAGUGGAUACGUACUACCUGGCUGAACUCACCACGGAUUACGUGCGCACUGCGCUUCAGACGGUUAUGAAGAUUCAUUUGCAGGAGCCUCCGGGUGACGUGCUGGUCUUUUUCACUGGGCAGGAGGAGAUUGAGACAGGCGGUAAGAUGUUGUUCCACUGGAUGGAGGGGCUGCGCAAGGCCUCAGACACUCCCAUCCCUGACAUGCUGGUGCUACCGCUGACUGCCACGAUGCCGCAGGACGUGCAGUCGCGCGUUUUCGAAGCCACACCACCCGGGUGUCGUAAGGUUGUGCUCGCCACCAAUGUUGCUGAGACGUCGAUCACGAUCAAUAAUCUUUAUUACGUCAUCGACAGCGGCUACUGUAAACAAAACCUUUACAACCCGAAUCGUGAAGUGGAGCAGCUCAAAGUGGUUCCCAUUUCUCAGGCACAGGCGGAGCAGCGCAGCGGUCGUGCGGGGCGUAUCGGGCCUGGAAAGUGCUUUCGCAUCUACACCGAGUUGCAGUUCCGUGAGGAUAUGGCACCCGAGACAGUACCGGACAUCAUGCGUGCUAACUUAUUUCACGUGACACUGCAGUUAAAGGCGAUGGGAAUCGAUCUCUUCAAUGUCAAUCUGAUGGAUCCUCCGUCGCAGGAGGCGAUUGUGGCGGCGUUGGAAAAGCUGCGCUACCUCGAGGCGCUGGAUGACGAUGCCUCACUAACGCCUUUGGGUGGCCGCAUGGCACAACUCUCGGUAGAUCCUUUCCAGAGCAAAACUCUCCUAACGGCGGUUGACUUUGGCUGUAGCGAACCAGUCUUGACCAUUGUGUCAAUGCUUUCUGCACAGAAACGUGGCAUUUUCUACCGUCCACGUGAUCGUCAGGAAGCUGCGGACGCCGCAAAGAGGCAGUUUUGGCAGCCCGAAGGCGAUCAAAUUACCCUCAUGGUGGUGUACAACAUGUGGGUUGAGAGUGGUAUGUCGGAAGAGUGGUGCCGGCGAAACUUUGUCAAGUAUCGCAUGUUGGUUGAGGCCCGUGACACGCGUGAUCAGCUUAAGGAUAUGCUCACAAGUCGUUACACCAAUAUUUCCCACGCAAAUGACAACAAUCUCACUGAGGUUCGCCGUGCCAUUACAGCCGGGUAUUUCUUCCACGCCGCGAAACGAGUGGACUCUCAUACGCGAUCUUUUGUUACCUUAGCGGAGCGCCGUGAAGUGUACGUUCACCCGUCUUCAGUGCUUAUUGAUGACCCACCGAAAUACGUUCUUUACGAUGAUCUCCGAUUGACUAACAAAGAGUAUAUGCAGGAAUUGCUUACUAUUGAGUCGAAGUGGUUGGUGGAGUUAGCCCCAGCUUUCUACACUUGCCCUCCCAAAGGCCGGCGCCUUACGCGGGAGCAGGAGGCCGAGCGCUUUACUCCUCUGCUAAAGUCUUGGGAGACAGGCAGCUCGUGGCGCAUUUCUAGACAGCGGAAACAGCGUCACUAA